AGACGCAAUGCAUUUGAUAAUAUUAUUGACAUCCAUCUAAUGAUUAUGAUACCACGUGACCUGCUUAAAUUAGGCAUAUCUAGCACAAUAUAUUAUUCCUUACGAAUAUUUUAAUGUUAAAGAUAUGAGCAUUGAAGAAGACGAUAAUAUAGAUAACACAGAUUCAAUGAUACCAACCUCAUUACCUUCUAAUGCCAACAUUAACCCUAGUAACCACCUCCCUUUAACCCAAUCCCAAUCACCUGCUCCACUGUUAAACAUUCCUCCCAUUACGGCAGUAUCGUUCUCAUCAUCUUCUGAACUACAACCACUCAAUCAUAACCUACAACAAAAUCCAACCGGUUCUCUAACACCGGCAGUAGAUCAAAACCUGAGCACCUCUCCAUCGAUGCUACCCGUUUUCGAUAACCCGUCCUCUACUUCCGGUUCUAAACCUCCUGGAUAUUCUGAGUGCCCACCUCCUGAUUAUGGAACUGCUACGCGACUCCCCUCCUACGAAGAAGCCGAGCGCGUCAAAAGGGAAGCGGUCAUUCCGCCUACCGUUCAGCCACAGCUUUAUUCGGUUGUGAUGGAAGACACCAUAGACUCGGGAAUGACAACUGGGCGUGAACGCGUUGGUGAUAUUGCGGACGCGAGGCGGGAUCCAGAACCCAGUGCGGCACGCUACAGCAUAUUUCCUUUUAGUCUGAUGAGCCAAGAUUGGCGGAGCACUACUCAAGAUUUGAUCGGUUCCGACACGGCAUUCUUGACAAGCUUUUUAAUCGCCUUUAUUUUCAACUGGAUCGGGUUUUUGUUCGCGAUAUGCGUAUCCCAGACGAUUGCCGGAAGAUGCGGAGCUCUCUCGGGGUUCGGUUUGUCUAUCAUCAAAUGGACAUUCAUUGUCAAACAUUCUUUAAAUUACACAUCGGCUGAAAUUUGGUUGUGGUGGCUUCUUAUAAUACUAGGAGCUUUACUCUUUUGCAAAGGUUGCAUUCAAUAUCUGCAAUCAAGACCUUUCGCCCUAUAAAACCUUAGCGCAAAUUCUUGGAAUUUAGAUAAUGGCAUUUGAAGACAUUACAUAAUUAGAUGAAUUAUUUUUUAUUUUAAUAAUAUUAUAAUGUAUUUGUUUUUUAAAAAUUAAAUUAUAAAAACUAACGCGACAUUGCUUCUAUUAUUUUCUCACCUUUAAAAAAUCUUACUUCACAAAAUAAUUAUUCACUUUUUUUUUGCACCAUUCCAUCAAACGUGUUUAUUUUAUGCUAAAACAUUAAUUGAGCAUUUACAAUUUCAUUAUCAAAUAAAUAACUUAAUCCAUCCUUCCCCAACAUUAUUAGCACUAUGUAUUACGAUUCACUAUAAAGUUACGUUAUAAUAUAGAAAUUAUUUAUUAAUGGGCUAAUAAUUUUAGAAAGGCCUAAAAUAUUAUAUCUAUUUUUUGUUAUAUUUAUCUCGUUAAUUAUUAUAUCACCAGCA